AUGUCAUUUUGGAAGCCUGGAGCUGUUGCCCCUGGCAGCACAUUAGAUAGAGACACAGAGAACGAAACAGGCGAAGCAGUUGUCGCUCACGCAGAAAAGCAAUAUCGCCACUUGACACUUACUCAACAACGAGAGCGACUGCCCGUUUUCAAAUUGAGAAGAGAGCUGUUAUACCUAUUAGAAAAGUAUCAAACUGUCAUCGUUGUAGGUCAAACGGGUAGCGGAAAGACAACACAAAUUCCUCAAUAUCUAAUGGAAUCAGGAUGGGCAAGUAAAGGAAAGCAAAUUGCCUGUACUCAGCCUCGUCGAAUUGCAGCAACGUCAGUGGCACAAAGAGUAGCAGAGGAAAUGAAUUGCAGUGUUGGAGCCGAAGUGGGAUACUUGAUUCGAUUCGAUGAUCAAACGAGCGACAGAACCAAGAUCAAGUACAUGACAGACGGUAUGCUGUUUCGUGAGACCAUGGUAGAUCCUCUCUUGACCAAAUACUCUGUCAUUAUGGUGGAUGAAGCGCACGAAAGAAGCUUGUACACUGACAUACUGAUUGGUGUCAUUAAAAAAAUUCAGAAAAAGAGACCAGAGUUGCGAGUGAUUAUAUCUUCUGCCACCAUGGAUGCAGAACAGUUUUAUGGGUUCUUCAACACAAACACUACUCGAAAUCCAUCAAAGGACACUGCUACUAUCAUCUCUUUGGAAGGAAGAAUGUUCCCCGUCGACAUCUUGUACGUUGACAGGCCUGUGGUGGAUUACGUCGAAAAGUGUAUACAAACUGUGUUUGAUAUCCACAUGAAGGAACCAGCAGGCGACAUCUUGAUAUUCAUGACAGGCAGAGAAGAGAUUGACAAGGUCGUUUCCGAAGUGUACGAGAGAGGACAGACGUUACCAAAGAAUAGCUUGUCUGUGAUGCCUCUUCCUCUUUAUGCUGGUCUUACUAUUGAAGAGCAAUUGCAAGUUUUUGAACCCACACCCAAGUACACUAGAAAAGUGAUUGUAUCGACAAAUAUUGCAGAAGCUUCAGUUACCUUAGAGGGUGUUGUAUACGUUAUAGAUACCGGCUUUGUCAAGGUCCGUGCAUACAACCCGAAAACCGGAAUGGAGGCACUCGUUGUAACACCUAUAUCAAAAGCCUCUGCUUUACAGAGAGCUGGUCGUGCUGGCCGUGUCAAGCCUGGAAAAGCAUUUCGACUAUACACAGAAGAAACUUACAAUACACUCAGAGACACAAGUAUACCCGAAAUUCAAAGGAGCAAUUUGGCACCUGUGAUUUUACAAUUAAAGGCUUUGGGUAUUGAUAAUGUGCUUCGAUUUGAUUUCAUCACCCCGCCGCCUGCGGAACUCAUGACAAGGGCACUGGAACUGUUGUACUCCCUGAAAGCACUGGACGAUGUUGGUCGAUUGACUAUUCCCUUGGGUUUGCAAUUGGCCGAGUUUCCUGUAGAUCCCAUGCUGGGCAAGAUACUGUUGUCGUCAAAAGAGUUUGGAUGCAGUCAUGAGAUUGUCACCAUUGCAGCCAUGGUCUCUGUACAAAACAUUUUCAUUCAGCCUGCUAAAAUACCUCGUGAAGUGAUCCAUGAAGCACGACGCAAAUUCUGGGUAGAAGAAGGCGAUAGUCUAUCGUUAAUCAAUGUGUACAAUGCAUUCAUCAACAAGGGCAACAAAUCGGGCAAAUGGUGCCAUGACCGAUUCCUCAACUUCAAGGCGUUAUCCAGAGCAAUGACGAUUCGAUUGCAGUUGAUGAAGUACCUGAAGCGAUUCGACAUACCUCUGGUGAGUGCCACUGCCAAAUAUCCCAAAACUGCAGAAGGUAGACUGGCAGCUAGUCAAGAUGUGAGGAAAUGCAUUACCAGCGGCUACUUUUCCCAGGCAGCGAUUGCAGAGCCUGAUGGCAGUGGUCGAUUCAGAACAGUGCGAGAUGGCGUGUUGCUGCAAAUCCACCCCAACUCUGUCUUGUUCAACAGAAACCCCAAAUGUGUUGUAUUCCAUGAAGUCGUGGAGACAACACAAGCCUACAUGAGAGAUCUGACAGUCAUUGAACCAGAAUGGCUAGCAGAACUAGCACCUCACUUUUACGAGUAUAAAAAGGCUUAG